CAAAUUAACAACAACGUACCAAAUCAAAUUAAAAUUGUAUGUAUCUUUCUAGCUCGGUCACGACUCAUAAUCGUGUCGAAGAAUAGCUAGCUAGAGAUGGUUAGCGUUGGUUUUUGGUUUCUUUCUCUUUGUUUAUUUUUUGGUGUUCGAGUUCAUGCAUCAUCUUCUAGUACUACUAAAGAUUUGCAGCCUUAUAGAACUGGUUUCCAUUUUCAGCCUCCUAAAAACUGGAUCAAUGAUCCAAAUGGUCCAAUGUAUUUCAAUGGAGUGUACCAUCUUUUCUAUCAAUACAACCCAUAUGGUCCACUUUGGGGCAACAUUACAUGGGGUCAUUCCAUUUCACAUGAUCUUGUGAACUGGCUUAUUCUUGAACCAGCUCUUACUCCAAAAGAAACUUAUGACAUUCAAGGUUGCUUAUCCGGUUCAACCACAAUCUUACCGACCGGUCCAAAGCCCAUAAUUCUAUACACCGGACAAGACAUAAACGGUAGCCAGGUUCAAAACCUGGCUACCCCCAAAAACCUCUCUGACCCUUUUCUAAAAGAGUGGGUCAAAUCAUCUGGUAACCCUUUCUUGACCCCAGUCAAUGACAUUGGUCCGACACUGUUUCGUGAUCCAUCAACGGCUUGGAUCGGUCCAGAUGGGAAAUGGAGGAUGGUGAUUGGAAGUGAGAUUAACGGUCAUGGAACCGCUCUUUUGUAUUAUAGUACAGAUGGUAUGAAAUGGACUAGGUCCAAAAAACCUCUGCAUUUUUCAAGUGAAACAAAUAUGUGGGAGUGUCCUGACUUUUAUCCGGUUAGUAAUGUUGGAACAAAUGGGCUUGACACAUCUUUUCAAGGGAAUAACACAAUCCAUGUACUCAAAGCAAGUUUCAAUAAUCAUGAGUAUUAUGUACUUGGGACAUAUGACCCAAAAACGGAUAUGUUUCAUGUUGUUAGUAACGAUUUUAAGGUUAGUAACGCGCAGUUUCAAUAUGAUUAUGGCCGGUUUUAUGCCUCAAAGUCUUUCUAUGAUAGCGCGAAACAAAGAAGGGUGAUAUGGGGAUGGGUUAAUGAAGGUGAUAGUGAAUCAGAUGCUAUCAAAAAGGGCUGGUCAGGUCUUCAGUCAUUUCCAAGAAGUAUUUGGCUUAGUGAUACACGGAAACAGUUGGUACAAUGGCCAGUGAAAGAAAUCGAGAAACUACGUGCAAAACAAGUGAGCAUCAAGAGUAGAGAACUCAAGAGUGGGACCCUACUCGAAGUAUCGAGCAUCACAGCCUCACAGGCUGAUGUAGAAGUGACAUUUAGUUUAUCUAAGCUAGACAAAACAGAACAAAUAGAUUCAGAAGUGGCUGAUCCACAGCUUCUUUGUAACCAAAAGAAUGCUUCUUUGAGUGGGAGUAUUGGUCCAUUUGGAAUAUUAGCUUUGGCUUCAAAGAACAUGACAGAACAAACUGCGGUCUUCUUUCGAGUGUUUAAAGGUCCUCACAAGUUUUUGGUACUCAUGUGCAGUGAUCAAAGCAGGUCUUCCAUUGCACAAGAAGUUGACAAAAGCAUCUAUGGAGCUUUUUUGGAUUUGGACCCUCUACAUGAGAAGAUUUCACUAAGAAGCUUGAUAGAUCAUUCAAUUGUUGAAAGUUUUGGUGGAGAAGGACUUGCUUGUAUCACUGCUAGAGUUUAUCCGAAGGUAGCAAUUAACAAACAAGCCAAGCUCUAUGUGUUCAACAACGGCAAAGAGAAUGUGACUAUGUCGAGUCUAAAUGCUUGGAGCAUGAACAAGGCUCAAAUAACUCCUAUGGUCUAAUUAAGUGAUUAAAAUCAUGUAAUUUUAAGUAUUUAGAACGUACGUUAUUUGACAUCUAUGAAAUGUUCCUUUCUAAUCUAAUAAAGUGAUUGUUUGAAA